GGGCGCCGGCCCAGCUGUCAAUCUGCCCCACGCCGGCCUCCCGGAGCCCGCAGCUGUCGCUCCUGCCGGGCUCUCGCGGCCCGCCUGGCCCGAUCCUGCUCCCGCCACCCGCCGACGACAUGGAUGCUUCCUUGGACACAUGGGACCCCUUCUACGCGCCGUUGAUUUCCCUGUGGAUGAACAGGUUUUAUGUGUACAUGGGUCUGGCCUUUGGUGUCAGUCUGUGCAUCUGCGUCCAAGUGGUCAGCAAAAAGCUCGGCGACAGAUCAACGGGGAAAUCCUCCCUCCAGAAGGCCUCCCCCGCCCCUGCGGCUCCUGUGGCCAAUGGUUCCGCUUCCCAUCAGAAGAAAGAAGUUCAUGUUUCGAGAGUGAAGAUCUUCUACGCUUCUCAGACCGGCACCGCAGGGGGAUUUGCAGUGACUCUCGCCAAGGCUGUAGCGGCUCUUGGUCUCCCUGUGACGGUCGUUAAUUUGAAAGAAUAUGACCCUGACGAUCACCUGGGAGAAGAGGUAACCAGUAAAAAUAUUUGCGUCUUCCUGGUUGCCACCUACACCGAUGGCAGACCCCCAGACAGUGCAGAGUGGUUCUGCAAAUGGUUGGAGGAAGCAGCGAAUGACUUUAGAUUUGGCAAGACUUACCUGAAGGGAAUGAGAUACGCUGUGUUUGGACUGGGAAAUUCCCUCUACGAGAGCGACUACAACAAGGUCGGCAAAAACAUCGAUAGGUGGCUGUGGAUGCUCAGUGCCAGGCGGAUCAUGACCUGCGCGGAGGGCGACGGCAACGUGGUGAGAAGCAGGCACGGGAGCCUGGAAGCCGACUUUGCCGCUUGGCAGGCCCACUUCCUUACCCGGCUGCAGGAACUAAGCCGUGGCAGCUGUGGCCAGAAGAAGGCCUGUCGCCCCCACCGCCGGGGCAGCUGUGACAAAGGCAAAUGCAAACACAAGAAGAAGGAGGGCAAGACCCCAGAGGAGGGACAAGAAUUUGAAACCACAAGUGAGGAAGAGUCGGGUGCUGAUGAGGGUCAGAGCCACGGCUCUGUGAUGGACGUGGAGGAUCUGGGCAAACUGAUGGGCAGCAUGAAGCAGGCAAAGAAAGAGAGGGAGCAGCAGGACAUGCAACUGGGGAAGAAUGGAGCUGGUGAAAGGCGAGAGAUGAUCACUCCAGCUCUGCGAGAGGCCCUUUCCAAACAAGGUUAUCAGCUGAUUGGGAGCCACUCCGGGGUGAAGCUGUGCCGCUGGACCAAGUCCAUGCUGCGAGGCAGAGGAGGCUGCUACAAACACACUUUCUACGGCAUCGAAAGCCAUCGCUGCAUGGAGACCACCCCGAGCCUGGCUUGUGCAAACAAGUGUGUCUUCUGCUGGAGGCACCAUACCAAUCCAGUAGGCACCGAAUGGCGAUGGAAGAUGGACCAGCCUGAUAUGAUCCUAGAGCAGGCCGUCGAAAAUCACCGCAACAUGAUCCGACAGUUUAAAGGAGUUCCCGGUGUGAAAGCCAGUCGUUUUGAAGAAGGUCUGCAGGUGAAGCAUUGUGCUCUGUCGCUUGUAGGAGAGCCCAUCAUGUACCCAGAAAUCAAUCGCUUCCUGAAACUGCUGCACCAGCAUCGAAUCUCCAGCUUUCUGGUCACCAAUGCCCAAUUUCCCAUGGAGAUCAGGAACCUGGAGCCAGUCACCCAGCUCUAUGUCAGUGUGGAUGCUAGCACCAAAGAGAGCUUGAAGAAAAUUGACCGGCCGCUCUUCAAGGAUUUCUGGCAGAGAUUCCUCGACAGUCUAAGAGCCCUGGCUGCCAAGCAACAACGUACCGUGUAUCGCCUGACCCUGGUGAAGGCUUGGAACGUGGAGGAGCUCCAAGCUUAUGCAGAGCUGGUGUCGCUGGGGGAGCCGGACUUCAUCGAGGUGAAGGGUGUGACCUACUGCGGAGAAAGCUCAGCCAGUAACUUGACCAUGGCCAACGUACCCUGGCACGAGGAGGUCAUCCACUUUGUGGAAGAGCUCGUGGACCUGCUCCCCAACUACGAAAUUGCUUGUGAGCACGAGCACUCCAACUGCCUCCUGAUCGCACACACCAAGUUCAAGAUUGAUGGGGAAUGGUGGACCUGGAUUGAUUAUGACCGAUUCCAGGAGCUCUUCCAAGAGUAUGAAACCAGCAAAGGGUCAAAGACCUUCAGCGCCAAGGAUUAUAUGGCCAAGACUCCCCACUGGGCAGUCUUUGGGGCUGGUGAGCGAGGUUUUGAUCCCAAGGACACGAGAUUCCAGAGAAAGAACAAAUCGAAGGACAUCUCCGGCUGUUGAGACUCAGCUUUAGUUGGGAGCUGGGAGCUGGUCCUAGAAUUGACGAGUCCUCACUAACUGUGUGAUCCCAAAGGCAGAGAGCUCAAGUGAAUUUUCAUGCAGAGAAUAUUCAAAAAGCAGAAUUCUCCGGAGAAGGAAUUCCCCUGCAUUUGAGAAGGAAAGGCAGAGCCCCAACCUUAGAUCCCAGACUCAGUUUUAUUAUAGGACUCAGGGUCUUGCCUCUCUUAGAUCUAAGCAGGAAAAUGGCCAGUGUCUCUGGACUACUACUGUUGGACUUUCACUCACAGUGCAGUGAGCACAAUUGUCCCGCCUGGUGCCCAGGUGGUGUGAAGGGGCGGGCUGGCAUGGGUUAAAUCUCCCUGCCUGGGCACCCUGUCAUUGGCCUCCUGGAGUUCGGAUUGCUGGUAGUUCCCAAGAGCCACUCGAUUCGUCGGAAACGGAGGUGGCUUUUACUGCCACACAGUCAGCUCUUGACUUGGCUGACUCGGUACCAGCCCUUGGGAAAUGGAUUGUGGUUCUGUGGAGAUCCAGUUUGCAUUCUGUGUCUUUCUGUUUCCGCCCUGCUUCCCCGAGAGCUAAUCCAUGACUGGAUUAGAAAGCAAGUCUCUGCACCAGGGUGCAGUCAUGGCUUUGGAGUAUUCCUCGCAGCCAGAUUCCCAAACCAGGAGGACAAUUGCUUUUUAUACGAGCAGUGAAUUUUCAGGCAUCUCAUAGUCAUACAUAAAGUGGGCUCCUGUCUUCCCUUCAUUCUUAGAGUUGUCUCUGUUCCCAUGCAUCUCAAGGUCCAUUUCUUCUCCGGCGGUGAGCUCACACGUCCUCAGAGCUUGUCUUUUUGGAAGGUCAUCAUGGUUAUUUUAAAAAUGCCUUCAUCCCAGGAACUGAGCUUAAUAAAAUAUUCUUUUUGGAAUACUUGGAACACCAGUUUUCUUUUGAUUAUAUUUUUUAAUAGAUGCGUCUCUUAACCUCUGAAAAGUGACUCAUAAAGGCUGGAAAAGUGCCGA